GGAAGCGCGCGUCGGGGCCGCGCCGGAGCCGCCGCCGGGAGCGGGAGCGCGGGAGCCCCGACCCGACGUCAUAGGCCGCGGCUCGUGACGUCACCGAUGGCGGAGGAGAGGGGCGGGGCCGAGGCGCGCCGCCACUUCCGGGGGGCGCGGUUCAUCAUGGAGGCCGGGCUGCGGCUGGGGCUGGGCUCGGCCGCGCUCAGCACCGCCCUCGGCGCGUUCCUCCGCUUCGCUCGGGAGCACCGCAGCCCCUACGACCCCGCCCUCGUGGCCGCCGCCGCGCUCCUAUUGGCCGGGAAGGCGCAGGGGGCGGGGCCUCGCGCGCGCGACGUCAUCAACGUCACGCACAGAAGGUGGCCGUGUCGGCUCUGCUGCUCGCAAUGGAGCUCUGCGGCUGUGGGGCGCCGCCGGGGGCACCGCCCGGCUGGUGGAAGGUGCUGAGCCCGGGGCUGCGCGCGGCGGAGGUGGCGCAGAUCCUUCGGGCGCUGUUGGACCUCUACGGGAACGACUGCUCGGCGGGGGGCGCUCCGCUCCGCCCCACAGCGCCCCCUUCCGCCCCGCACUUCCGGUCCUCCCCGCGCCCCGCGUCGCCCCCCCCCCGCCCCGCGGACGGAGCCGCGGCGGCGCCACGUGGUUCCCUCCCACCAAUGAACGGCGAGGGUUGGGCGGGGGGGGCGGGGCCGGGCCUUCAUUACGUCACUGUCUUUGUCA